UAAGUCUCGAUCCCUCUCUUCUUUUUUUAUAUCUCAGCCUUCGGCCCCGCCACAAAGUAAAUGUCGACAACCAAUCAAGUGCAAUAUCGUCGGUUGGGGUCUUCAGGCCUUCAGGUUUCCAUACCGAUCCUGGGUGCGAUGGGUUUCGGCGUUACCGAAUGGAUGCCCUGGGUCCUGGAGGAAAAAGAAUCAAUCAAGGUCCUCAAAGCAGCUUGGGAUCUUGGCAUAAAUACAAUCGAUACGGCAAAUAAUUAUUCUAACGGCAAGUCUGAAACCAUCAUUGGGAAAUUCAUCCAACAGCACAAUAUCCCCCGGAACCAAAUCAUCAUAGUAACGAAAUGCUUCGGACUCGUGUCCUCUGAUCCUUCGGUUUUCACACCAAAUGCGUCUCCCGCUUUCAAAAAUCAACGGGAGUACAUCAAUCAACAUGGACUCUCUCGUGCCGCGAUUUUCAAUCAAGUCGAAGGCUCCCUUCGAAGGCUCAACACAUCUUACAUUGAUCUCCUCCAAAUACAUCGGUAUGACGGAAACACCCCUGCCGAAGAGACGAUGAAGGCACUGCAUGACCUCGUGCAAAGCGGGAAAGUCAGAUAUCUUGGAGCAAGCUCGAUGAGGACUUGGCAAUUUGCAUAUUUGAAUGAAGUAGCGGGUAAGAAUGGAUGGUCGAAAUUUGUGAGUAUGCAGGAUGAGUAUUCGCUACUGUAUAGAGAAGAGGAACGCGAAAUGCACGCUUACUGCAAAUUCAAUGGUAUUGGAAUCAUUCCAUGGGGUCCUCUAUGUGGAGGUGUUCUAGCCCGUCCUGAGCAGGUGGAAACCGUACGGAAAGAGAGCUUCAAAGGGUCGGUUUGGGAACACAAAGCUUUUGAAGCUGAUCGCGAAAUUAUCCAUCGAGUGGAGGAACUAGCUGAAACACGAGGGGUACCCAUGGCACAAAUUGCUCUGGCAUGGGUGGGUUCCAAGGUCACCAGUCCGAUUGUUGGCAUAGCUUCCAUCAAGAGGCUUGACGAGAACAUUGUACAUGAGGAUUUUGCAUUGACGGAACAAGAAAUGAAGUAUUUGGAAGAGCCAUAUGUUCCAAGGCAGGUGCGAGGGCACCUUUGAUCGUGAUCUUGGUUGUAUGUAUAUUUUGGGUGGUGCAUCUGAACGUCGAUCAAAUUUCAUUGAAGUUGAAGACC